AUGGCAUGCAAGUCCUGUCGCUCAAAAAAGAUCAAGUGCGACCGGACGCGGCCGAUAUGCCAGAAUUGCAGGCUGAGAUCCAUUGCCUGCACCUACGCUGGGGAGAGGCGGACCAAGGAGUGGAUGCAGCCCAACGUUGACUCUAGAAGGUUUUCCACUAUUCGCACCUCCGAAAACCAACAACUGAAUGAGGGAGGCACUCGAAGAGACCAUACCACCAACUUCCCUCAAUCUGCAUCUCCCAUGCCCAACCAGCGGCGGGUGUCGUGCACAUCCAGCCUCUCGGCUCAAAGGGGCGCGCGCGAAACGCAACAAGAGCAGGACGUCGACAUGUUGCAGCCCCAACCUCCGUGGUCCCAGAUAAGAUCUGAUCCGAUGACGUGCAAUUUCGACCAGAUUCCCGGCGGCAUGGGCGUUACGGACUCCCACACGCUAAUCAAUAUCAAUGCUGGUGAAGACGAAACCCUUCUUGAUAGGAUCUUAGAGGGCAAGGACGGGGAGUGUACCAAGGACCGGCACCCUGCGCUGUGGAUGCGGUCAACCGAUGGAGACGAGUAUACAGGCCCGUCGUCCGGCAUCUCUACCAUCUCUGACCUCGGGUUGAACUGGGUGCGGCAUAAUGUGCCAGACUCGCAAGUUCUCUGCGAAACCAUCCAGGACAUACGAAACGGCGUGCUCAGUCACCUGCGGCAACCCAAAUGCGUCCCACAAGUUCUGCCACUGGUCGUAUCGACCCCUUGCAGUCUUAAAGUCAAGGAGACUCCUGACUCGGAGGUCAUAAAAUACGUUGAAGCGUAUUUUGACACCGUCCAGGUCAUCUUCCCAGUCCUGGACAGGGAUAAAUUCUUCUCCCAGUUGGCAACAUAUGGAACUAGACAAAGCAUAUCAGAGAACCCAUCAUGGCAGGCCCUGUUGAGUGCUGUGCUAGCAUCCGGCUGUCGAGCUGCACUAUCAGCUGAAACAGCCGAGGCCUUCAAGAAGUCGGGACAGGAGGCUUGGGGUUACUUCCAAAACGCGCUAUCUUUUGAAUCUUGUAUCAUGCAUGGAUCCACAGAUCUCAUGGCAGUUCAGGCCAUUGCCAUUAUGACCAUCUUUGCUCAAGGGCUAUCAAGCCCACAGCGACUAGAGUACACCUUGAGCUCUAACGCAGCGCGGCUAGCACAGAGCGUGGCGUUGAAUCGUCACCCGCCUCCAGAUUGGGGUCUUAGUGAAGAGGAGCAGAGGGACCGUAAUCGGGUCUUCUGGGUUAUAUAUUGCCUCGAUAGGACCAUAUCCUUACGCUGUGGUCGCCCUGCAGUGAUUUCCGACGACGACAUCAGCUGCUGCUUCCCGCGAGGCGUUCUCGUCAUCCAACACGGGGAUCUCGAGCCUCUCGGAGCUCCUGAUGUCGACUUUUUUCUCUGUGCGACUAAACUAGCACGCAUUGCGGGGAAAGUGUCACGAAAGCUUUACUCGGCAUCUGCAUUAUACACAUCGUCUUCUAGCCUGCUUCCCAUGAUGAAUAAUCUCUUGAAAGAAUUGCAUGCAUGGCUUAACCUACUCCCUUCUUCAAUACGACCUGGACAGCCCCCGAAUCGGAUGAAUAAAACCUUUGGCCUAUCACGAGAGCAGAUAAUUGUGCUUCAUCUGAGUUACUACUACCUCCUGUGCUCUAUUUACCGUAGAUUUACUCCGAUUUUUACCCAACACAGCAAUAAUUUGCAGCCCCUGGUCAACAGCCAAAUGCAUAGCUCCCACAUCGAGGCCGCAAGAUCAAUGGUACUGCUUACGAAGCAUCUCGACAUUGAGAGCUUCACCCCUGCGUGGCUCGUGUUUUAUUACCCUUUCACCGCCCUCACCACCAUUUUUGUCCACAUCGUAUGCAACCCGCCCGACGACACAACUCAGAGUGACAUAGCUCUCAUGGAGACCGUUGUUGGCUUUUUCGGGAGACUUGAAUAUGUCACUUCAGGCGAAGCUGCGUUUACAAAAACGACAGAAUUCGUCCGGCAAGCACGCAACAUACACAGCAGAUACUCCAAUGACAGGGCCCAGGCCAGCUUGUGUGAAGCUAUUCAGGUCCAAGACAACAAUCUAUUAAUAGAAGUGGCCGGACCACUCCAGUCUUGCAUCAACAUUACUGACGACAGGCAGAUUCAGAUUGGUCACAGGUUUGCGGAAAGUCACGAUGUUCAGAUAUCUGGGACAGAAAAUGGCCAGAUACUUGGGGCAACUCCCCCGCUUACGGCCCCCCUCGAACAAGAAGAGAACUCGGACACGCAGAGUGCGCAUCCGGAAAUUCACCCACAUGACCAGUCACUUUACUCUGACCUGGCUAGCCUCUUGGCACCGCCAGCUGGUGACGCUGCACAAGUGAGCUGGCUUAGGGAUUGGGUCUCAGCCGUCUAG